AUUGUCAAACGUAAAUAAACAACAUUUUGGCGCUUUUGGCAAUUUUGCUAUUUUGAUCAUACAUAUUUAUUAGAAUUUCUUGUUCAUCAGUUUGAAAGCUAGAAAGUCGUUUGCAAUGAGUGAUUCUGCGUCAGAGGCUAAUACAAAUUCAUCUAAUCAGAAACUACAUAGUUAUUGCAAGCCUCCCUCCAAGAAGUUGCCUGACAGUGAUGUUGAGGCCGAUGAUGAUGAGGAUUGUUUGUACUGCAUUUGUCGAACUAAAGACACCAAUCGUUUCAUGAUCGGCUGCGACAGUUGUAAUGAAUGGUAUCAUGGAGACUGUAUCAGCAUAACAGAAGAUUAUGCUAAAAAUAUUAAGCAGUUUUUUUGUUUGAUGUGUCGUGAACGAGAUCCGACCUUAGAAAUCAAAUUUAAGGAGAAAAAAGAGAAAGUUGAAAAGAAAAAAUCUUUUGAAAAAUUUGAAAUUGAAUAUAAACGAAGUGUAACAUUUGAAGAUGAGCGACGUGGUAAGUCAGCGAGACGUUGCGGUGAAUGCGUUGCAUGUUACCGAACUGAAGAUUGCGGACGAUGCGACUUUUGCAAAGACAUGCGAAAGUUUGGUGGACCUAAUAAAAUCAGACAAAAGUGUAGGCAAAGACAGUGCAUGAAUUUUGGCUUAAAUCUUGGAAAAAAGCCUAAAGAAUUCUUUCCUAGCUCUCAAAGUGAUGACACUGAAGACACUGAACAAAUUCUUUUACCACCAGAAGUGCCUAUUUCUUAUGCUAAAAAUUCAAAUGAUGAAGAUGAAGAUGAUGACAAAGAUGCUGAUUAUGCUCCUUAUAAUAAAAGAUCUCAUGCCACUAAAGGUUCUCGCCACAAGCGCAGAUCAAGUAAACAAACGAAUAGACAUCGAACAAGAGCUGAGCACAGAAAGAAACACAAUGAAAAAGAAAAAAGAGAUGGUAAAAAGGAUGAUUCUGUCCAGCAGUGCUUUGGGCCUGGUUGUAUUUAUGCUGCACGCCCUCACUCAAAGUAUUGUUCUGAUGAAUGUGGGAUGAAAUUGGCCACCAAUCGUAUAUAUGAAAUACUUCCUCACAGAAUACAAGAGUGGCAAAGAACUAUAUGUGUAGCAGACGAAAACAACAGGAAAUCCUUGGAAAAAAUCCGUCGAGAACAGCAAGAAGCAAAAGAUCGUUUGUCGGAAUUAAAUAAGAAACAGGAAGCUCUUGAUAAAAUCAUUGAAAAAGCUAAAAGCACUCUGACUGCUACAGAUCAGGAAAGUGUAGAUGGUGAGACUGAAGAAUCAGAAAUAAGUAUUUAUUGUGUAACUUGUGGACAUGAAGUAAGUGCCAAAAACGCAUUGAAACAUUUAGAAAAAUGUUUCAAUAAAUAUGAAAGUCAAACCUCUUUUGGAUCAUAUUAUCAAACUAAUAUUGAAGGAACUAAUAUUUUUUGUGAUUUUUAUAAUCCACAACAAAGAACAUAUUGUAAGCGUCUUAAAAUUUUGUGUCCGGAACAUUCAAAAGAACCUAAGGUUUCUGAUGAUGAAGUGUGUGGCUGUCCAUUAAUUGACAGAUCAUUUGAAACAACUGGAGAAUUUUGUCGUGUUCUAAAGAAAAAAUGUUUACGACAUUAUCAGUGGGAAAAAUUUCGAAGAGCAGAAAUAGAUUUAGAUAAAAUGCGACUUCUCUUUAAGUUGGAUGACUUGAUUGAACAAGAACGUAGCGUACGUCAGCAAAUGGCAAAUCGUGGUGGAGUGUUAGCUUUGAUGUUACAUCAAACAGUCACACAUGAUGAAAUGCCUAAAAUGGAAUCCUGACAAGAUAACUAAGCAUUAUCAUAUCAUAAAAUAUUAUAAGAAACUUCUUAGUAGGAGUUGUUUCUUAAAUUAUUACUUUUAAUACAAAAAAUGUUAAUUUUUUAGUUGUCAUUAAGGAUUAUGGCUUUAGAGCAUAACAAAAUGACUUUUACCUUUGAAUUUAAAUAAUUUAUGAGAAAUGACAAUUUUUGAAUCGAAUUUCUUGAAAUUAGAAUCUUUUUGUGUAUGUUAUAAUUAAUGAGCGAUGCUUUAAAAUCCAACUGAAGAUGAUAUCAUUUACGGUUAUUGACUAUUUAAUCAUUUUCUAGUAAAUCAUUGAAUUUUUUAAUGAAGUUCUGUGUUAUUAUUUUGAAAUAUUUGAU